ACUUUCCCAUUUGAUCUAUCAAAUUGGGUGUAUAAAAAGACCUUUGGAUCUUCCCAAGAGAACAAAAACACAGGAAGGAUAUUAAUCAUCGCUUAUUCCUGGUGGAUUCGGGGCAUGGUUUCUGUUUUCAAAAGCUUGCCAGUCACUGGUAAAAUCUGUUGGAGGCUCAAUUUUAGUUUCACCAGUGAGAAAUCCUCUCUCAAAAUGACUCUCAAGGACCAUGGGCUACAUUUCUUCCGCAGUGCUGUGGAUACAGUCUUGCCGGGGCCGAUGAUGAGAAGGGCCUUGGUGCUAGAACCAGGUGGGCGCCCCAGACUUUUGCUACAUGGCCGUCCUUUUGAACUGAGGAGAAAUCUAUACCUGGUUGGCUUUGGAAAGGCUGUUCUGGGCAUGGCAGCAGUGGCUGAGGACAUCCUCGGAGGUUACCUCACUCAGGGAAUAAUCAGUGUUCCUCGAGGCAUCCAAGAAACUCUGCGACAUGCAGGAACGAGGGAAAUGUUGCUGAAGCCGCACAGCCGAAUCCAAGUCCUGGAAGGAGCGAGAGACAACCUUCCUGAUAAAGAAGCUUUGGAGGCGGCCAGGGCCAUCUUAGAAUUAGCCAAGAGUCUCACAGCAGAUGACCUUCUCCUGGUAUUAAUUUCAGGAGGUGGAUCUGCUCUUUUGCCUGCACCUAUCCCUCCUGCCACCCUCGAAGACAAGACCACCAUCACCAGGUUACUUGCUUCAAAAGGAGCCACCAUUCAAGAGCUGAAUACUGUUCGAAAGGCUCUCUCUUUGUCAAAAGGUGGGGGGCUGGCUCGGGUGGCUCAUCCUGCCCAGGUUUUGAGCCUCAUCCUCUCUGAUGUUAUUGGAGACCCAUUGGACAUUAUAGCAAGUGGUCCGACCGUUGCCAGUUCUCACAGCAUGCAAGACUGCUUUCAGAUACUGGCCAAAUACAGUGUAUUGAAUGCCUUGCCAAAGUCUGUGUUGACAGUCCUCUCUAGCUCUGUCACAAAGCACAGCACCCAGCAAGACUAUUCCCACGUCUACAAUGUUGUGAUUGGAUCCAAUAGGCUAGCUUUGGAGGGAGCCAAAUGCCAGGCAGAACAGUUGGGUUACCUGACUAUUCUCUUGAGUGAUGCUGUGGGUGGGGAGGUCAGCACUGUUGCCCAUUUCUAUAGCCUAUUGAUUCAGUUUGUGUGCUUGAGCCUUCUGAAAGAUGCUGGAAAUAGACCUUUAAGAGACUCUGUGAAAGAGAGGCUCGCGGUCAUUGCAGAACAGCUGGAGAUUCCAGUCUUGAGCCUGAUAGACCCUCUAACAACAAUGAAAGAAACUCAUGCAGAAAACCCCAUAUGUCUUCUGGCAGGUGGAGAAACCACCGUGCAGAUUCAAGGAAGUGGGAAGGGUGGAAGGAACCAGGAACUGGCUCUGCGAGUGGCCUUGGAACUGCACAGAGCUAAAUCCACUAUGGAGGGAAGCUGUCUUAAUAAAUACGAAGUCAUGUUUUUGAGUGGUGGAACUGAUGGACAAGAUGGGCCAACAGAGGCUGCUGGGGCCUUCUGCAGCCAGGAUCUGGUGGAGGAGGCCGAGCAGGAGGGCUUUGACGUGGAAAGCACAUUGAGCAAUAAUGAUUCAUACACAUUUUUCACCAAGUUCCAAAAUGGACAUCACCUUUUGAUGACAGGCCUGACAGGCACAAAUGUCAUGGACAUUCACGCUGUUUUAAUCAGAACCCGAAGAACUUAGUGAUGUCACAGACACUGAGUUGUUUUGAUUACGAAGGAAUCUGUGGUCAACCCAAAUGAAAUGUCUCUGUACAGGCUGUUAAUAACAGGGACUUAAUGGACGGAUAUUGAUAAACAAGUGAAGGACAUUUUGCUGUUCUAAUUAGAUCAUGAAAACAGCUGCUUGAAACUUUUUCAUCACAAUUAGAUUUUUAUAGCAACUUUAUUCAGUAGUAUGAAGAAUUCUUCUGGUCAUUCUGAAUGGGGCAGGCUGAAAAAGAGGAGCUAACAAAACUCUAUUUAAUCAUGAGAAUGGCAUCCAGAGGGCACCUCAGUUUUGUAAAUCUUUUGUCAUUUAAGGUUGGCUCACAGUAUUUUAUAACUGUAGCCUUCUCAGAUAUUAAACAGGAGUUUGU